ACUGAAAUUGUUGUAGGCGACGCCGACGGACAUUUGUGAAAUUGACAGGUAAAAAUGUUAAAAUGAAAUGUUAUUGAAAUCUAAAUAUCACGAUCAAGGUAAGCCACGAUCAAUAAUUACAAAUAAUUAGGCUUUGAUUAACACCGUGUUGCUUAAAGUCAAGAAUUUAGUUAUAGACUUCACAAGACUUAAUGAAUUACUGAGUUUGACUUCGUUUUACCUCUAACACUAACAGUGACUAUUUCUUUGUACUCUCACUCUCAGCCAGUUUUAUAGUUAUAGUUAUAAUUGAUUAAGUUAUAGACAGUAGACUAACAAACUUGGUGGGAUAGUAUCACAGCACAUAAAAAAUUACUUAUUUGUCAUGCUAAUGCUUGAAAGCAGGAUGACAUAAACUAUGAUAGUAAAUAUAGUAAACUAAAGGCUUUACUAAAGGAUUAAAAAGAAUUCUAUUUAUUGCUCAUUUUAGUUUUUAUUUCUGAGAAGCACCAAGGCCAAGGUAGAAAAAAUAAUUUAGUGUAUUGAAAUUGAUUGACUUAUUUAAAUUUAUGAGGAGUAAACCUUAUACAUUUUAUAAGCAACUUGCUUCAAGGAAAUAAGUAUAAUAUAUAUUAAAGUCUUCAUAAUUAGAUCUAGAGUGGCCAGAGUAAGUAAUUAAUAAUUAUUAUUUAAAUAUAAUUGUAAGUAUAAGGAUGAGGUUCUCCAAAUCAUCUCUAUGAGGACCCCCAUGGAUGGCUUGAAUAUAAUUUUCAAGAAAUAUUUUUCAUUCAAAUUUUUGAAAAAAUAAUAGAUUUAAUAGAUCUUAUUUUUAUGCAAGGUAGUCUAGGGCAAUGGUUUUUUUUUAAUUUAGCAAUUUAAGCGAAUUUUAAAAGUUGAAUACUUACGUAUUUUAAAUGUAGAUGCAUAUGAAUUAUAAUAAAAGAAGUCUUCUUCAUAUUUUAUCAGAUAGUUUAAUACAUGAUAACAAUACCCUACUCUUUUGUUCCUUGAAUUAUUUUCUUAGUUUUGUAUCAGGCUGGAAUUUCAAAUAUGACAUGCUGUUUUUGGUUGGCAUCAUAGCAUGAAAAUGUGCAGAUCAUUAAUUCAUUUUAUCUCCUCUAGGCACAUAUCUUUUAUUUCCUCAAAAUGACAGGAUACAAAUUUCUCUACUUGUUCCCCAACUUGUUCUUGUUUCCAAAAUAAAACAGAUUAAGUUGAAUCCUCUAUAAAAAAAUUUGCUUGAAAUGUUUCUAUUUGAUCUUUACAGAUAUUAAAGGCAAUGACACUAGACAAAGAUGAUAGCAUGAUGGCAGAGGAGGUGGAACGUUUUUCAAAACUGGGCACUUUACAGCUGCAUCAUGGACAGCAUCAGAAAGCUCUGGAAGCCUUCAGAUAUGCAUACCACAGUGUUUUUUCUGCUGGUCACCAAGGCUAUAUGCUGAGAGCUUGUGCUUUCAAUUUAGGAGCUGCCCUCAUUUACACUGGAAAUUUUACUGAUGGCCUGCAUUACUUACAUCAAGCAGUGAGGCUAUUAUUUUCUGAAAGUUUAUUUUUUGUUUAAUAUAUAAUUUAUGAUUUAUACCGGUAAUUGUUUUUAAAAAGUUAUUUGAUUUUUUUUCAAUCCAUCUAUUAAGUGUAAUAAUACUUUUCAAUCCAAAAGGUGCCACCUGAUGGAUGCCGUGAUGGUAGGUCCAAUGGGGACUUGUAUUUCAACUUUGGGCUUGCAUAUGAAGGCCUGAGUAAACUGGUUGACUGCAAGAAUUAUUUUGAAAAAGCUCUGAAGGAGUAUAAAUUAGAAGAAAACAAUAAAAAGAUGGAGGCUGACACAAUUCAUAGACUAGGAAAGAUUUGUGUUUCUAACAGUCAAUUUUUAGAAGCAGAAAGUUGGUUAAAGCAACUCAUACAGAUUUACAAGGACCUUGGACUAAAUGAACAGCAGUUAAUAGUAAGUGAGAGACUUUACAUUGUCUAUUUAUAUAACCUUGAAAAAAAAAUGUUAUAAGUUAUAAAGGUUUAUUGCUUCAGAAAAACUUUUUCAAGGAUCUAUAGCAAAUGUUAAAUUGAAAGUGUAGCCCUUUUUUUACUAAUCUUCACAUCACCCACAUCUCACCUAAUUUUGGACCUGGGUCUCUUUAGACUAAAUCCUAUUUGGAUGUCAUUUGUGGCAGUUUAUUUUAGUUAAACUGAAGAAGUAAGUUUACAAACAUGUAUUCCAUUCAAUUAUCUUUCAUUUGAUACCCCAUUUUGUCUUAAAAACCCAACAAUAAUAUUUUAAAUAGUUUUUUUAAUCCCAACCUCCCACUUCUGAUACCCGGGUGGGAAUAGUCGCAGCCUAUAUAUAUAUAUAUAUAUAUAUAUAUAUAUAUAUAUAUAUAUAUUUUUUUUUAUAUAUAUAUUUUAUAUAUAUAUUGACUGCUGAAAUCAAGUAGAUCAAGGAUCUUUUUGGCCUUCUUUAGAAAACAGAUAACCAGAACUUUAUCACUAAUUUAUACAUCAGUUAAUUCUAUAUCCUUUAAUUGAAAUCAGUCACAAGUGGAAAGAGCUAAUCUGCUGCAAAAGAUGGGAAAAAUUGAUGAGACACAAGAAAUUCUCAAUGUGUGCAUGGAAGCUGCAAAAAACUUAGAGCCAUCAGAAAAUAUUGGUAUGCCUAUAGCAUUUUCUCUGAAUUUUAUUUAGUGAAAUUUAAAACUAUUUUGUUUAUUGUCUAUUUUAUUGAAACCUGUGGUCGGAGUAAGGGGUGUGUGAUUGUGUUGGUUGUCAUCUCGCUUUUAUCCUACUCACAGCACCAAAAACUGUAGCUGAGUGGUGAAGAGACAGUUUUAUAUAUAAACUCAAUAAAUUCCAGCCUGAGGACUAUAGCCUUUAUUUGGCUCUAUCAGUGUUGUAUAAAAAGGAUUGAUAGAAGAAAAUGGAUCCUAAAAGAAAUCGUAACAAACAGUCGUAAGAAAAAAGACAAUAUCUGAAAAGAUACAAAUAGUACAAGUUAAUAAGUCCUGCCUAACAUUGAAUUAUACAGCUAACAAUAAACAUGUUAAAUAACUCAGCAAUUACAGAUUAUGACAAAAUAUACUUAACUAAUAAUACAAGUGUUAUACAAAUGGCAAUUAAAAUUAUAUUAUUGUAAUAAUGUUUAACUAGAAAAGAACCUAUACAAAUAGCACAAAAAUGCUUUCUUAAUAUGCCUGGUAUAACGGUGGAGGGAGACACCAUUCAUGGCCUUUUGUUAUAACCUUACCCCGAGGUCGAAUUCCACGAGAGUAUUGGGUGGUGAAUGCUGUUUUGUAAAGGCGUGGAUUAUAAUGCCACAUCAUUUAAUCACCUAUCUGUUAAAAUUAAUGUUUUAUUUUAGGGAAACUCUUCAAUGAACUUGGAUUAGUAUUCUGUCAGUUAAAAAAUUAUGAUAUGGCAUGGCAGUGCUAUGAAGCUGCUUUACAACCAGUGUCCAUGACUAACCCGAAAUUGGCAGCGGUCCUUUAUCAGAAUCUUGGAGCACUUUGCAACCAAAGAGGACAAUGUGAAGAGGCACUGAGGUAUCACAAAGAUGCCCUUCAAAGACAUGGUGAUGAUUAUUUCGUUUCACUCUUUAACUAUUUAUGGUUAAGUAAAAUGUAAACAUCUUUGAAAUGAAAUAAUACAAUAUAAUUACUAAUUAAACAAAUGAUUCUAGGACUCAGAAGCAUACCAAAGUUUUGCAUCAGAGAUAUUAUGAACAAUUUUAAUUUAUUUUUAAAAGUUAUAUUUUAUCAUUAUUUAUUGGAAAUGCCCCACUUUUCAAAAUGACUAUAAAAAUGAAAUAGUAUUCUCUUCAUUCAAUUGAGUCUUGAAGCUGAAACAGACUUGUGUAAGUUUUUUUUAUAAUGUUCUAUUUUUUAUUCUUCAGUUGAACUUAAAAAUUAUAGAAGCCAAGGUCACUGCUUCAUUAAUAUGGGCUAUUCAUACAGUCAACUGAAUGAAUUGGAAAAAGCUGGGGAAUGUUUCCAACAUGCUUUGCAAGCCUCAAGGGACUGUGGUAAAUGAGAAAUUCAGCAUUCAGAUAUUUAUUUAAUAUCUGUCUUUUUAUUUUUCAUAGUUUUCAUUAAUCUGAUCAUUGAAAAUCAAUUGCUAACUUUAUAGCUUUUUUUGCAUUUUAUAAACAGAAUUAAGAGAUGAUUUUAUUAAAAUUAAAAUGGAAAUUUCAUUAGCAUCAAGAAUCUUGAUAUGGUAAUUAUUCUAAAAUAUUGAAGAGAAGUUUGCAUCAAGAUAUGAACACUUUAAAACUCAUUUAACAAUUAUUGUGGUUCUGCAUUAUCAGGAGAUAAGAAAACAGAAUGGCAAAGUCUGGAAUCUUUGGGUGCUGUGGCUUUCAAUCAAGGUUUUAAGAAGCGUGCCCAGGAGUACUACAAACAGGCACUGACAGUUUUUUUAGGCUCUCCUAAUGCUAAAGACAAAAACAUUCAAGAUCGAAUCUUGGGGAAAUUAACAAAUAUCCUUCAAAUUCAGAUUGAAAAAUCUGCACCUGCUGUUCAAGUUGGCUCAGUCAGUCAAGUCCAAGAGGUAAAAAAAUUAUUUUUUUCUGUCUUAACAUGUUAUUUAAGUUAUUAGAACGUAGUGCCUUAAGUUGUUCAUCCUUAAUUGCUGUUCAUAAUUCAUGACAUUUUUCUUAAAUGAAGCACAUUGCUUCAAACACAAAUUUUGGCUAUUUUGUAAUUUCUUGUGAAAGAACCGAUUAAGUAAGGCAGGAAAAUAGGAAAAUUGCCCUACUAACUUUUACUUUAACAAGCUAGACAUAAAAAGGGAUACGACCUGCCAGCAUUGCAUGCUGGCCCCAGAGACAGUAGCGCACCUGCUGACUUUUCCCCUCAAGCUUGAUGUUGGGGAGGCCAGGUAGGCAAGAGAGUCAUUUGUUCAUAAUAUGUUAUAAGCAGAGCCAUUGUAGUCCUUUAUUCAGAAGAUGUUAUAAGCAGAGCCAUUGCAUGACUUUUGCUAACCUUCUGCAACUUUUUGGUUUGCAUGUCAUGCAUUCAAAGUUGAUAGUUUAAAUUUUUCAGAAUCCCAACUUUGGGCCCCUUAAAUAUCUGAGGCCCCUUGCAACCAAUAGGUUUGCAGGGCUCAUAUGAUGGCUCUGGUUAUAUAGCAUAGCCUAACAGAUGGAGCUGGUUGCCACAGUACUAGCAGGGGCCUCAUCCAGAAUAUGGAUGUUAGUUAGCUUGGCCAGGACUCUGAAUCAAGUCUCCAUAUUGCUACUUGGUAUGUUUCAGUAAAAAUUAAAUUCAUGGUUUUUUUUUAGCAACAAGAUCAGAUUUCUCCAAAAAGGACAGCUGUUUUAAAACAAGAACUAAAAGCUACCCAAGAUGGAAGUGUAGGCUUACUUGGUAUAAAAAAGGAAGGGAAAGUGAAGUAGGUUAAAUUUAUGACAAUAAAGUCUUAUUUAUUUAUUCAUACUCUCUACAAUGCCAAUUAUGAUCAUUGGUAAAAAUGUUUACUGUACCUUAUCCACUUGAGGCUUCUUGCAUGAAAAAUAGUUUUAAUUUGUAUUAUUUAAUACAAUUGAUGGUAUUUAAAAUUGAAAUUGACCUUUAAGCUUCCAUUAUUUUUUGUAAAAAUAUAUUUUAUUUCAAAUUAUUUUCCAAUCAGUCUUUUUGAAUGUGUACCUGUAUUUAGCUAUCUAAAUUGUUUUUCUUAAAUAUGAGAAAGAAAUGAUUUAGCUUUUUUUAAAUUGGAUAAUAGGUAUUUAAGAGUGAGAAAAUCAGCAUCUCUGCGCAAAUUUCAAAAAGUUGCCCUAGGACUUGAUUCCGACUUGACAGCCAGAAAUUUUGACAAACCAGGUUUUCAAGGGAUUGAUGCUGCCACUGAUGUGGAAAUUUUAUCAGCACAGACUCUUUCUGACUUUGAGGAGGAAAAAGAUGAAAGAUUUGAAAACCCUAAUCAGUAAUUAUUUUUUAUAAUAUAACUAGAAAUAACCCGCAAAACAAUGGCGGCAUCACUAUUUGAAAUUCACAUUAGAGUUACUUGACAAAACAUGCAUUCAAGUAACGCACUUUUUAGGAAUACCCAAAAGUGCUAAUUUCUGGAAAUUGUAUGUUUGAUGCCUAUUGAACACAGCAUUAAAGUUAUACAAAAAUUCAUACUAAGAGAAUAAUUAUUUGUGAUUAUUACAUUUCCUUUAAUGUAAAUUAUCAAUAAAUCAGUUAAGUUUUAUUUAAAUGUACAUGAAAUAUUCUUUCUCUUAUAGAUCAUUUGGAUACCUAAAUGAACAAGUAGUGAAUGAAGAAGGGGAAAGUGAUGAAAUGUCCAGUAAUGAAGAUAAUGAUGAGAAUGAAGAACAAAGACAGGUUUAUGAAGCCAUGGCUAAAAUAAAUGGUAAAAGUUUAAAUGUUUCUAUAUUAUUUCUAACAGUAUUUUCCUUUAGACAUAAUUUGUGGUUAAAUCUGGAAAAACCAAUGUUUUUUAUCCCCCACUAGGAAUAUUUUUAAUGCUAAAACACUUUUUAGGAGCAUUUAAAGUAAAUUUAACACAUUUGGUGCUCUGAAUUUAAGAUAUAUUUAAAUUUCUUAAAGUUGUAAGAUGUUAAGAAUCUAGAACAAACCAAAGAAUCCCCUGUGACCUUUCAGUUAGUGUUAGUAGUUGUAAAUAAAUGCUAUUGUUCUUCAUUUAUACCACCACAUUAUUUUCAACUAUGAUGAAUAUUCAAACUAAAAAUCUCAUAUACCAAAUUGGUCAUGCUGAAAGUCAGUAUAUUGUGAGCAAUGCUGUAAAUAUUAAAAAGCUAUUUUUAAAGGUAUACAAAUUAUUUUGCCCCUUUCUGCACAAGAAAAAUGGUGUAUAAGGCCAGAAAAGUUGAAAGAUCCAAUAACUUUGUAUAAAAAUUGUUUGAAUAAAUUUUUAGCUUGGUUUAAUUUAGUUAUAUGAAGCAAUGAAGGAAGUGAACCCUUAAAUACUUUUAUUAGUACUUUUCAGGUCAGGAAGAGGAUUAUAUGUUAUUAGAGAAUCCCCAGGGAAAAUCUAUAGUGGAGGUAAAUAUUAUUUCAGCCUUUUAGUCUUAGUUCCCUAUGCAAUUUGUAUUUCAUUGUAUGCUGCCUCAUUUAUAACAUUAGGAUAAUAUAUCUUUUUCCACUAUUUAUUAAUUUAUAGCAUUAGCAAGGCUAAUACCUAAUUAUUUGGAGCCCUUUUGAAUUUCCUCCCUCUAAAUUUAUCUGUUCUGGUCAACAGCAGCACAAUUUCUCGAUAGAAUUUAAUUCAAAGACUGUAAAGUGAGGCUCAAAAUCAGGUGACACCAUUGCUCUGUUUUAAGCGAAAUCCAAUUAAGUAUGAACAGAUAAGGGGUUAUACAGUCUUGUGAUACACCUGUCUCUAACUGAAAGAAUUCAUUUGCCUAACACAUCUUUAUAAAAGAUUUUUACUGUCAAUAUAGGAUUUAAAAGACCUACCAUAAAGCAUAUUGAUAUUCCAUAAAUAUUAUGCUUUAAAGAAAUUAUAUAAAUAAUAAAUAUAAUUUAAAGUUGUUUGUUUUUUCUGACCUUUAGCAUUAUAGGCUAUAAAAAAGGUAUAAAUGAGAACAAGUUUAUGCAAAUAGCAAGUUUCAUUAAAUUGUUUUAAAGUUUUUUUUUAAUUGUCUGAUGCUGUGGAUCCGUAAAGUCAUUCAUCUUUUUUGGCUCUCCCCUUCCCUCAGAUGUGACUUAUUGUUUGCAAUAAUUCCAAUAAAUAUUUUGUUUAUCUCCCUCAUUGUUAGUUUCUUUUGUGUAAGUCCAUUUUUUUACUUACUUACCUAUACCUUUCACCCCAUCUGGGGGAUAGGCCAUCUACAAGAAUUUUCCAUUCAGCUAGGUCCAGCGCUUUCCUUUCCAGUUGCUUCCAUGUGUAAACCAUACUUUGUGUGUCUGCCUCUAGCUCGCAUCUCCAUGUAUUUUUUGGCCUUCAUCUCUUUCUUUUACCCUAGUAUGUUAUUUACAAUAAGUCUUUGUUGGUGAUGGCGUUUGGUCAUUUGAUGUUCAGGAUCUUUCUAAGGCAAGUGUUUAUGAAGGUCUGUACUUUCUGUGUAAUGCUCGCUGUUGUUUUCCAAUUUUCGGCUCUUUGAAAAUUCUGUCUUUGGUUUGCAGAGUAAGCUCCUUUGACUCCCAUAUUUUCUUUGACAGCACAAAUGCUGACUUAGCCUUCCCAAUUCUAGCCCUGACAUCUGCUCCAAAGCUUAUGUCAGUUUUUGAAAGUAAAAGUAAAUUUCUUUAACUUGAUUAACUGUUGUCUUUUCUUGUUAUAGCAAGAAGAAUUUGUUGAUCAGAAUGAGUCUGAAACUGAAACAGAAGGAAGCAGUGAGCAGGAAGAAACAAGUGAUUCAAGUGAUUCAGAUGAACAUUCAUCCAGAAAAGUCAAGUAAACAGUUGACUUAAGUUAUUAAAUUUAGGCUAUAGAUAACUUGGAAAAAAAAUAUUAAACUUCAUCACACUUUGAAAUUAUUUUAUUUGUACUUAUUUUAAUUAUGAAUUUUGAGUGGUUUUUAAGUAUCGAAUUCUAAGAUAGACUAUAUUUUCUGUUUUCUUUUUUUUUUUUAAAUCUGUGAUUAUUUAACUCAAAUAAAUUAACUAUAAACAUGUUAUUGAAUAUUUUUAAAAGUCUAGAAAUUAUGGAUUUACCAAACAAUUUUAUUGUAAUGAUGAUUUCUCAAUCCAUUUUUAAAAAUUAGAAUCAAUACACUACUGGACACAUCACAAUAAUUAAUUUAAAAUCAUUUCUUGCCUAGCAACCCUUCACCCCCUGUUCCCAGCUCAUCACCACCAGCUACUGAAAUCAAACCUUUAGGGACAUAUGAAGUUCCAGUCAUAAAGGAGCUGCACUAUGAAACUAUUGACUUUUCUUCACAAGCAACCAGUAGUAAAGAAAAAGACAAAGGUGAGAGACUGACUUUAACUAAAAGACCAUCAAGCAGUGUGAAUUUCUUCCAUUCUGAGGAUGACGAAAUACGGACUGGUACAGGCAUGUCUCAAACAAUAUAUGAAGAAGUAGGUGAAAAUGAUGAGGUGUCACCAGGUAAAAAUAGGAACGUUUAUUUUCCCAUUUUGAACUAAGAUUUUAAAUGUUUUUUAUUAAAUCUUUUUGUUUUUACUAAACUAUCAUCAUGCACGUUUAUUUGUUUAAAAUCUAUUCAUGUAUACAUUAAUAAUUACUCAAGAAUUUGGCCAUAAAAAAGGAAGAGAUGUUUUGAAUAAUCAUAAACAGUACCUUCAUACAACAAUACUAAAUACAUUUCCUUAUGCUUCCUUAAUACACCAAUCAUUUUUUUUUUCCUUCUUUGAGCUAGUCUGAAAUUUGCUUUGGAUAGAAUUUUUUUAUUUUGUCAUUAAGUCUCCUCAAAAGAUAUUAUAAUUAUUUUGUGUAAACUACUCUUAAAGUCUUCAGAUGACUUUAAUGAAAAGAAUCUGCUUUAAAUCAUUUUUGUAUAAUUCCUUUCUGUUAUACAAAAGAACAAAGUGCUUGGCUAAUAUUUUAUUUUUAUUUUUCUAGUAUUAAUAAAUAAUAUUGCAAGUAUUUUUUCCCCUUAUUCAUUUUUAAACUUUAUGAUAUGUUUACAAAAUAUGAACAGCUGGAUAAAAUUUGUUUACAUUACUUCAAUGAAAUGCAAUGAAACCAAAAUCUAAGCAUCUUACCAAGGCCAGCUCAAUUUAUGAACAAAGCAAUACAAUGAAUUAUUUUUAGUAAUGAUACUAAAACAAAUUAUGUUUAAUAACACAGGUAUUUAAAUUAAUAUUAUUUUGUUUAAUCAUUGGGGAACCAAGAGCUACUAAUUGAUAUUUAACACCUCGGGUUCAUUUAUUUAUUAUUAAGUCAUUUUCUUAUCAUUAACAAUGCAAUAAUUAUGUUUCUAAGGUUUGCACACAAUAACCAUUUACUUCAUAUAGUGCUAGUUUUUAUUUUUCAUUUGUUUUAUGAUUUCUUUUGUAAGUAAUUUUUAACUGUAUUUGUCUAAGGACGCUAUUACUCAGGAAAUAAGAGAUGUUAUUUUGGAUUUUAAAAAUGUAUAGUUUGUGUAAAUUCAAAUAAGUUUAUUAAUAUUUUGAAUUCCCGAUUAACCAGAUUUUUUUAAAGAUUUGCUUAAAAUUUAUUUUAUUAAAAAUAAAUCACUAAAUCACCUAAGCAAAUUCCAACUUACUUUCAUCUUUUACUAACAUUUAAUGUACUAUAUGGAAGUAUUUUAAAUUACUUAAUAAAUCACUUUUUGUUUUCUUUUAAAUAAUAAUAGAACAAAUAGGUGAGGCGAAUCCAUUUCCUAGUGAUUCAAAAUUAAUGGAUGUCAAUAGAUCUAAUCAGGUAGCAAAGGAGAAUAUAAGCUUGGAAAAACUAUCAAAAGCUGAAAGGUAUGAUAAUAGUCAUCACUGUGUUUUUUUUAAAUUAUCUUGUUAAUUAAGUUUUUUGUAAUUUUAACUUAACAUUUUAAAAAGUUUGAAGUAGAGGCCAACCAAAUUUCGGUUUUGGUGCUGAAAGUUGCCAUUUGAUCACUUUCAACAUAGCUUUGGCAAAAACAGACUAGAAGUCAGAAUGUCACUCUGUCUGUCGGCAGGCAAUCUGAUAUUCAUUAUUGCUCGACUUCUUGCUGUCAUCUUAUUCCACAUCAUAAAUCUUCUGUGAACACUUCUCACAGCUGCAUGAUGACCUACUUGUCCAAUAUUUCCAAAAAUAAAAUUUUAGUUAGGCUUAGCCAAAGGUAAAUAGUUUUGUGUAAAAAACAAAGGGAAUGGAAGGCUAAUAAUUAUAUUAUAAUUUUUAUUUUUAUUUCUUCAAAAAUAAAAUUUUGGAACCCUAGCUUUAUUUAAUUCAUUUAUUUGUAAUAUUCAUUUUAAUUUAUCAUUAUCAUGCUCAUAAAUGUUGUCAUAGGCAAAGGUGAAAAAAAAAUCCAAAAGAAUGGCAAAAUGUUCAUUAUUAUUUGCAUUUUAUUUUUUAAAUAUGUGGCAAUGUGCCACUAUUUGCAACUGCUUUUAGGUAACAUUUUAUUUUCGGCAGUAUGCAACAGAUGCAAGAGAAUCCACUCUCAUAGUCAUAGUGUGGCUGCUAUGGGUAACGCCCAAGCUCGUACACAUCCAUGGUCAUUUAAAGUUACACACAGCUCUGUACUGGCCUUAAAUUUUAUGUUGGUUAUUUAUAUGCGGGAAUAACCAUCCCUGCCCCGGGGUUGACCCAUGGUCAGCUCGGGACGGGGGUUCCCUGUGACUGUGUGCUAUAUAAAGGGGGGGGGGUGAACUGGGACUUGGAGUGUGUACAUUUUGAGGUUGUGAUGUGCAACGGAUGCGUCGGGUCGGCGGCAGGUGUGAGAGAUUUUCCUGUCGGCUCUGUCAACGGAUUGUACCUUACAUUAAAAAGCUAUAGUUCUCAGACCUGAUUGUUUUAUUGUGAUUUUAUUUAAACUGUAAGCCACGUCACCACUCUACUACAAUUAGGGAACCUUAGACUUAUUCAUUUCAUUCAUUUAUUGAAAUUCAUCAUUAUCAUGCAGAUAAACAUUGUCAUUGGCGUAAUAAAAUAUUCCACAAAAUUAGUCACGUCUUUGGAUACAAAUGUAAAGAAAGAGAAUAAUGAAAACUUUAGUAAUAUUAAAAUAAAUAUACUUAUUUUUUUCAAUUUUGUAUAAUUUGGCAUAAAAUAGCCUUUAAUUUAAAUCAUACGCCUACACACAGGUGUGCAUGUAACACUAUUUCAUAUAAUAAUUAUGUAGUAGUUUAUUAAACUAAACGUAGCUCAACUAUCGUCCAACCUUUGUUUACUCUGGGUCAAAUACAAAAUAAACCGAUAAAUGGUAAUUGCAGAUAAAUGAAAAAUUUAAAUGUCGACCAAUAAGAGUGUGAGUUUCAACAAAAAUGUAUGGGUUAGCGGGACAAAGAGUUCCUUCAAGGCUUAUGUCUGGACAUUUUAGUGGUUCAUACCAAUAAAAGAUAAAUAGUUUAAGCUUUCAAUCGAUACCAAAUUUGUAAGUAUAUUGUAAAAGCAAAGGGGGCCCAAGCGUCUAUUUUGCCGCCCCCACCCCGGUCAAAAUUUUCUCGUACCAUACAACUUUAAAAAAUAUUUUUAUCAACUAAAAUUACUUUUUAAUUCAAAUGGUAAAAGCCAAAGUAUUCAUUAGAUGUUUAUCUAUUAAAAUGUACAAUAGUCCCAAUUUUUUAAAAAAGAAUAUAAAUAUCGAUACUUUCCCAAAUUUUGACGUACAACAAACAAGUGCAAAUGAGUUUCGAAGUAUUUAAAUCUUUCGGUUUUGGCUGAAAAACUUGUUAAGCUUUUGGUUUCAUUUUGGCCUAAGUCAUUUUUAACUUUUGGUUUGGUUUUGGCCUAACAUACAAAAUCACAUUCAGUAUGUCUCUAGUUUGAAGUGUAGCAUAAUUCCAUUGUUUCCCCAGAGAUAUUUUUCUAUAUGAAAGGCACAAAGAAUAUGAGCAGCAGCAGAGACUGAAGCAGGAAAAGAUGGAGGCUGAAGCCAAGGAAGCACGGGCAAAGACAGAUCAGAAGUCCUCAAAAGCUUGUAAUGUCAUGUAAAUUAUUAAACUUGUCAAACUUUUAUAUUCUUUUUUAAAAUCACCUUGUUAGUAAGUUCAUUUUAUCACAGAAUUUGUCAAACUUGAAUGAAACAAAAAAAAAGAUACAAUGAUGUGAAGUUCAUGUUAUUUUUGCUUUUGAGUUAGACAUAGCUGUUAACAUGUACGGGAUUGCUGUCUUUUCCAACAUUUCCAGUGUACAUUCUUACUUACCAAUUGUAUUAUGUUUAAACACCCCCCCCCCCAUGCUUUUUUAAAAAAAAAUGGCAAAAGCAAUAAUUCUGCCCCUUUUUUUAAUGAAAUGUAAAGACUGGUGAAAGCAGUAAAAAUAUAACUCCUGAAGCCCAGCACCAUAUUUUUUUUAAUGGAAUAUUGUUCACUUAACUGUAUUUAACUUUAUAAUUAGACAGGAUUUUAAACCAGAACAAGCUUCUGCUCCUGCUUGAUCUUUUAACUGGAAUGCCUUUCUGGAGAGCUUACUUCCACUGCUGACAUUUUUUUAAAGAACUAAUAACAACAAAGCUUUCAGGAUGUACUAAUUAAGAUAUUUUUAUGUAAAAUGUAUAAUCAAUUUCUUUGUAAUGGUAUAUAAAUCUUUUUUAACAUAAACAUUGUAUAAGAAAUUUUACUCAUUAAAAUAAUUGUUUAUAUCAGUGGUUCCCAACCUUUUUGACCUGCAGAGCCCUUUUUACGAUCAAAUUCUUUGGGGGAGCACUUUAGCCUUUAACCAUGUAUGACAAGUUUCAUUUAAUUUUAUUUCCUGGAGCGACAGCGGAGUCCCUGGUGACCACUGGUUUAUAUUAAUAAAUGUCUUUUACUUAAUGAAUGCACUUUUAUAAUGUUUACAUGAUACAUGUAUGUAUGAAGUAACAGUCUAACCUUAAGGUUAAAGCAAAGACAGAAUUUAUUUUUAAAAUUGUAAAAUGUUAUUGUGUUCCAAAAAAUUGUGAUGAACUUCUUGAAGGUCAAUCACAUAGUAAGCUAAAUGUUUUGCUUUUGGAAUUUUAACUAUAUAAUUACAAAUUUACUUUACAGUCCCAAAAUGGAAAUAGUUAAUGUUUAACAUUUGUAAAGAAAAAUUGUAUUUUUUCACUAUAAUUAAAACUAAAGUUUGUGUAUACAUCCACAUAUUAUAAUAACGCUUAUUUUAAGGGAAUUCAUAAGUUUUUGUAACAAACUAUAGUAGACAUUGAGGCAGAAAGUAUUUCUUACCGUAUAAAUUUAAUUUGACCACACCAUCUGUUUUAUGGCAAUAAAUAGGGGUUAUGAGAAUUUCAACAGAGAUUUGGUUGGUUCUCCUUAUAAAGAUAAGGACAAAUUUUUGCAUUUAGCUGAAUUGGAUAUCAAGCAUUCAGCCAGCUUUGGUAAAAAUUGCAAUUUGUCUAUUUUUAUUAAUUAUUUGUUUUAAAAAAAAAGAAAAUGAGAGACACAAUGUAAUCUCAAGUAAAUAAAUGUAAUAUUACUUUAUUGCUAUUAAAAUCUUUCCACACUAAUAUUUAAUGUAUACGUUUACAUUUUGUGAAUCUUUAACUUCCUCAUAAAGUAUUGAACCCCUCUGCUACGUUGUAUCAUGUGUUCAAUUUCAAUUAAAAAAUACUAAAAAAUAAUUCUUAACUACAUUUAUAUUAUUGAAAUCAAUGGGAUCCCUUGUUCUUUCUUUAAAGUUUUAAGGUUCUACUUGCAUCAUGCUCAGUUUAAAAAAUAUAAUAAAACUCCCACUUUUUGUUACAAAAAUGUAAUCCUCCAAUUAAAAGAAAACAUCCAGUAAAAUAUGGUCUAAACCAUUUUAGCACGGAGAAUGGUUGGAGAAUUUUUACAAAUAUUUUUUUUUUAAAGUGUAAUUGGUAUGUGGUAAUUUAGUAUAAAAAAAGGCUGUAAGAUAAUUAUCCAAAUUUAUUUGACUAAAUACAAUAAAAAAAUUAAAGACCAGUAAUUUGAAACACUGUUGGAGUUGACUAGACAUUAAUAUUUUAUUUCAACAUCACAAUAAAUCACACGUAUUUCAUUUGUGCUCUUACUCCACAUUUUACUCAUGAUGUGAAUAAAUAGUAAUCAUUAAAAAUAAAGAAAAAACUUGUUCAGUCUCUCCCACUUUACAUUCAUGUGAUGCUGCAGUCUUUUAUGUUUAAGUUGAAAAAUACUGCUAAUAUAUCAUUUAAAAUACUGCAAAAGAGGAAGUAUUCUAGCCCAUGACAUAAGCGUUUAUCAUAAGACAUAUUUUAUUUUAUCAAAAAGAAUAAAAGAAUAUUUCUAGCAUAAAUGGUUAGGACUUUACAUAAAAGCCUUGUUGUGAUAGGAAAUAUUAUGAUUGAAGUAAAGACAUAUUUUAGACUAUUCCAAAAUAGCAAUAUUCAUUAACUGACUGUUCAAUCAUAUCAUAUCAUUUCUUAAGCCAUGACUCUAACUGUUCUGUUAGGUGCUUAAUAUUUUUUAACAGAUAUUCUAGAUGUCAGCAAUGUUAUCGAACUAACACAAAAGCAUAUGACAUAAAAGCAUUCAUUGUUACAUUAAAUUGAUAUAUUACACAUUAGAUAAUUACAUUUACCAAUAAUAUAUGAAAUUAAAGAGUGCUGGUAAAAUAAUGUUAGAAGAUAUGUGACCUUGGCUUACCAAGACAUGCUUAAACAUAAACAAGAGUAAAACCUUUUCAUACCACUGCAUUUUCUUUUUAAAAUCCGAGUGA